CCUCAGCUUGCUGGCUCUGUCUGUCUGCUGUCCCCAUUCACUUCCCUUCACUCGCCUUCGCCAAGACCCAGGAGUAGUGUUGAGAGUGGCAGGUCAAGAAGGCAAGACGGAAGAGCCAGCCAACCGAAGGAUCAACAACGCUGCAUCACGCCGAGACCGGCACGGCAGGCUCCGUUUCUACAUAUACUUGUGGUCUGCGCGGAGGGGCGGUCGUCAGUUAGAGCAUUGCUUCCGUGUGGUGUGGUGUGGUGUGGCUGGUAGCUCGGCUCGUCUUUGAGCAGAGCAGAGCAGAGAGAGAAAGGGAGGGAGCCAGCAGCACCCGGCAGCAGCGAUGGCGGGCGGCGGGAUGGCGGCGCUGGGCGUGAAGACGGAGCGCGCGGCGCAGUACAAGGGCCGCAUGACGCUGGCCGUCGCCAUGACCUGCCUCGUCGCCGCCGUCGGGGGCGCCAUCUUCGGCUACGACAUCGGCAUCUCCGGAGGAGUGACAUCCAUGGACCCAUUUCUGGAGAAAUUCUUCCCGGUGGUGUUCCACAGGAAGAACUCCGGCGGGAAGAACAACUACUGCAAGUACGACAACCAGGGGCUGGCGGCGUUCACCUCCUCGCUCUACCUCGCCGGCCUCGUGGCCUCCCUGGUGGCGUCCCCCGUGACUCGGAACUACGGCCGCAAAGCCAGCAUCGUCUGCGGCGGCGUCAGCUUCCUGAUCGGCGCGGCGCUCAACGUGGCCGCCGUGAACCUGGCCAUGCUCAUCCUCGGGCGCAUCAUGCUGGGCGUCGGCAUCGGUUUCGGCAACCAGGCCGUGCCGCUGUACCUGUCGGAGAUGGCGCCGGCGCACCUCCGCGGCGGGCUGAACAUGAUGUUCCAGCUCGCGACGACGCUGGGCAUCUUCACGGCGAACCUGAUCAACUACGGCACGCAGAACAUCAAGCCGUGGGGGUGGCGUCUGUCGCUGGGCCUGGCGGCGGCGCCGGCGCUGCUGAUGACGCUGGCCGGGCUGUUCCUCCCGGAGACGCCCAACAGCCUCAUCGAGCGCGGGCGCGUGGAGGAGGGCCGGCGCGUGCUGGAGCGCAUCCGGGGCACCGCCGACGUGGACGCCGAGUUCACGGACAUGGUGGAGGCGAGCGAGCUGGCCAACACCAUCGAGCACCCGUUCCGGAACAUCCUGGAGCCCCGCAACCGGCCGCAGCUGGUGAUGGCCGUGUGCAUGCCGGCGUUCCAGAUCCUGACGGGGAUCAACUCCAUCCUCUUCUACGCGCCGGUGCUGUUCCAGAGCAUGGGCUUCGGCAGCAACGCGUCCCUCUACUCCUCCGUGCUCACCGGCGCCGUGCUCUUCUCCUCGACGCUCAUCUCCAUCGGCACCGUCGACCGCCUCGGCCGCCGGAAGCUCCUCAUCAGCGGCGGGAUCCAGAUGAUCGUCUGCCAGGUGAUCGUGGCGGUGAUCCUGGGCGCCAAGUUCGGGGCGGACAAGCAGCUGUCGCGGAGCUACUCGAUCGCGGUGGUGGUGGUGAUCUGCCUGUUCGUGCUGGCGUUCGGGUGGUCGUGGGGCCCGCUGGGGUGGACGGUGCCGAGCGAGAUCUUCCCGCUGGAGACGCGGUCGGCGGGGCAGAGCAUCACGGUGGCCGUGAACCUGCUCUUCACCUUCGCCAUCGCGCAGGCGUUCCUGUCGCUGCUGUGCGCCUUCAAGUUCGGCAUCUUCCUCUUCUUCGCCGGGUGGAUCACCGUCAUGACCGUCUUCGUCUGCGUCUUCCUGCCGGAGACCAAGGGCGUGCCCAUCGAGGAGAUGGUGCUGCUCUGGCGGAAGCACUGGUUCUGGAAGAAGGUCAUGCCGGCGGACAUGCCGCUCGAGGAUGGCUGGGGCGCCGCACCUGCCACCAACAAUCACAAGUGAAGACAGCAUGCGUGCUUGCUUUCGUGGACAUUAUUACAGUAUAACCAAAGAAAACGAGGCACACACACUGACAUGUACUCCUAGGCGGAUGCUUAUUCAUAUUGUAAUCUGUAUGUAAGCAGGUUGUGUGGUGAUACGCGAAUGAGACGUUCGGUUUGUGCGUGCUUGUUCUUUACUUUUUUUUAACAAUAUAUAAAUUAGACACACAUAACCUAUA